AUGAGUCCAUUGAGUUUAACAAUGAAUACAUUACGUGAAGUUGCUAUUCGAUUUAUUCAAACAAUGUGUCCAGAUCAAGACAUAAAAUUAUUACAUAAUCGAAUAUUAUUAUAUCGUUAUGAACCAUCAUCAUAUCAAAUGAUAAUACCAUUAAAUCCAAAAGAUAUUCUUCUACCAGAUACUAUUGUUGAAAUUAUUAUUUCUCCGUACAUCAUGAGUGAUUGUACACGUCUUGUUCCUCAUGUACUUAAUUUACAUACAUAUUUAUCACCAACAUUUUGUGAUUUAUGUGGACAAUUUUUAUUUGGUCUUUAUAAACAAGGAAUGAAAUGUGAAGGUUGUGGUCGAAAUUUUCAUAAAAGAUGUGUAUCAGAUUUACCGGACAAUUGUUCACUUACGGCAAGAAAAAUUUCAAAUGUGGCAUUAACAAAUGAUGAUAAUGCAAUUGAUUUUAAAAAACGUUUAACAUUAACCGGUGCUGAAUUACCAACAGCAUUACCUCAUUGUUUUUAUGUACACAGUUAUCGAUCACCAACAAAAUGUGAUAUUUGUAAACGUUUAUUAAAAGGUUUAGUUAAACAAGGUUAUCGUUGUAAAGAUUGCAAAAUGAAUGUACAUAAAAAAUGUAUACCAAAAGCAACAAAAAAUUGUCGAGGAAUAUUAAUGCAAAAUACUUUACAGGAUGAUGAUGAUUCAAUACGUUCAUCAACAGAUGAUUUAGCUAUUGGUGGACGUUUACGUGAUUUAUCAGUAUCACCAAUAAAUCUUCCAGAAAAUGAUGAUGAUGAUAAUGGAAAUGAAUCAUCAUUAUCAUUAUUUUCACGUCAUGGAAAUAUUCGAGCUCAACGUCUUAUACAAAGUAUAAAACGUGUUAAAAAGGCAAGUGGUGGUGCACUAUUUUGGGAAGGUUGGAUGGUACAUACAACUGAUAAAGAACCAUUAAAUGAAAAAACAUAUUAUUGGCGUGUUGAUGCUUCAUGUUUAACAAUGUAUCAAAAUGAAACAACAAAUAAAUUUUCUCGUGAAAUACAAUUAGAAAAUGUUCUUUUACAAAUUAAUACUAUACCAGAUAAACCACAUUAUUUUGAAAUUCGUACAGAACAAAUUAUUUAUUAUUGUGGAUGUAAACGAACAAGAAAUCGAAAAUAUGAUAUAGCACAUUCAUCACAACAUGCAAGAAAUGCUUAUACACAAAUACGUCAAGCAUUGUUAGCUUAUAAUAAUGAAGGAAAUGAAAUAAAAAGUAUAUUUACAAUUGUUACAUCAAGAUCAGAAAGUCGAGAUAUUAGUGAAUUAUAUAAAAUAAAUCCAAUUGAAGUACUUGGUAGUGGACAAUUUGGAACAGUUUAUGGAGGUCAUUCAUUAGAAACGAACGAACAAGUUGCAAUUAAAGUAAUUGAUAAAACACGCUUUAGCGAUCAAGAAGAAAAAAUUCAUCGUGAAGUUGAUAUUUUACAUGAAAUAACACAUCCUGGUGUUAUUAAAUUACAUGCUAUGUUCGACACACCUGGAAAAUUUUUUUUAGUUAUGGAAAAAUUACAUUCGGAUAUGCUUGAAAUGAUUUUAAGUCAACCAAUAAAACGUCUUAAUGAACGACAAACAAAAUUUUUAAUUUAUCAAGUACUUGUUGCUUUAAGAUAUUUACAUAGUAAAUCAAUUGUACAUUGUGAUUUAAAACCAGAAAAUGUUCUUCUAGCACAAUCACAAGAUUUUCCUCAGACAAAAUUAUGUGAUUUUGGUUUUGCACGUAUUAUUGGUGAAAAAUCAUUUCGACGAUCAAUUGUUGGUACACCAGCUUAUCUACCACCCGAAGCAUUAAAACCAGAGAUUCGUUUAGAAAAAGGUUAUAAUCGAUCAUUAGAUAUGUGGUCAUGUGGUGUAAUUAUUUAUGUUUCAUUAAGUGGUACUUUUCCAUUUAAUGAAGACGAAGAAAUUGAAGAUCAAAUUCGUAAUGCAAAUUUUAUGUUUCCAUCAAAUCCAUGGAAAGAUAUAUCAAAAGACGCUGCUGAUUUAAUCUCACAUCAUUUGCUUCAAGUUAAUGCUGGGCAUCGGCUUGCUGCUGCUAAUGCACUUAGACAUGCUUUUUUUGAGGAUUAUCAACUCUAUUGUGAUUUACGUAAACUUGAAGAUUCAUGUUCGUAUGAACGUUGGUUAACAUUAGAUGAAGAUGAUGAUAAAUGGGAACAGUAUGCAAAAGAAAAUGGUUUUAGUCAUAAAUUAUCUGAUGAAUCAUCAUUAACAUUAAUAUUACCAACAAAAAACUUCCUUAGUGUUCAAUCAACUUCAAAAAAUUAA